CUUUUACGGUACCCGCUGGUAUGACCAUGACAAUGAAUCUGAAGGAAGGAUCCAAAGUGUCCUUCACUGGCGUGGUCGAUUUCGCCCACAAAGAAUGGUCCGGUUAUCUCCUUAGGAUUUCUGGAAACUCCAUCACUGUGGAUGGUACUGGAAGUCACCUGUUCCACGGACACGGUGAGCAGUACUGGGACGGUUUGGGCGGGGCGGGUACCGAGAAACCUGUAUUCAUGUACCUGAAAGGUACUGGCUCGACCUUUAAAAACUUCAAGAUCAAGAACUGUCCUGUGAGGUGCGUUGCCAUCGAUGGCUCGAACAACGUAGUCGUGAGCGGUUUCAUCAUCGACAAUUCCGAAGGCGCCCCGGGUACCGCGAAGAGUGGAAAAGAAGGUCACAACACCGACGGAUUUGACAUCGCUAAAUCGACGUAUGUGACUGUCAAAGACGCCACCGUGACGAAUCAGGACGACUGCGUGGCCAUCAACAGCGCUCAACACGUCACCAUCGACAACUUCCACUGCAUAGGGAGUCACGGGAUGGACAUAGCAACGGGAAUGUCGACCGAUUACAACCAAAACGUCGUUGAAAACGUCACAUUUUCCAACAUCAUUCUGGAUGGAGGGAUGUACGGAAUACAUAUUUUAUCGGUCAUCGAUGGCGGCCAAGGAAAAGUGGAUAACAUUAAGUACAACAAUAUCAAAAUAAACGGACCAUCCGAUUACGGUGUGAUGAUCCAACAGGACUUUUCCAACGCGAAGCAGAGAUCUACGGGUAAUCCCACAGGAAAUGUUCCGAUCAGCAACAUUAAUAUCAAAGGCGUAACUGGAACUAUGAACGGACAAUACUCGUCCGCUGUAACCAUCAGAUGCGCUGCAUGUUCGAACAUCGUCUUCGAAUCAGGCUUUUCGAUUACAGGCGCUAAAGCUAAGGACGAAUGCAAAAAUUUCCAGCCUACUGGUUACAAAUGCAAUACGUAACGUUGA